AUGAGUGCAGCAAUGACCAACACGGUAUACGAGUGUGUGUGGGUGCCAACCAGGAAGAACGAGCCAAGGGGGAGCAAGGCCAAGAAUUCAAAGGAGGAGGAGGAGGAUUAUUCAGGAGAGAAGCGGGUGUUGGUGCGGCUGUAUGGCCCAGCGACAACAAUGCUGUUUCAGAGGGAGCACGAGGAGACAGUCACCCGAGCCAUGUCCGAGCUUGGCUUGGGACCGAAGCUGCUGGCCUCGUUCGGCACAGGCAGGGUGGAGGAGUUUCUGCAAGCCAAGCCACUGACAGCAGAGGAGAUGCGGCAACCCGAGACAUCUCGGCAGAUUGCACGGCGUAUGAGGCACUUCCACUCGCUGCAACUCCCAGACACCACACCUGGGGAGGUCGCCUCCUGCCUGUGGUCUCGUCUUCGGCGCUGGCUGUCCUUGGCGCAGUUACUGCACCCCUGGGGCGUGCACGGGGCGAACCCGAGACAGGUGGGGGAGAAGAUUCACAGGCUGGAGGCAGCAGCAGGCAGGCGAUGGGGGGAGGGGCUGGGGAAGCAGGAGAGGGGGGGAGAAGCGGAAGUGGCGGACAGGGAAGGCGAGGUGGUGGCGGAUGGGGGGAGUGAGGGGGAGGGGAGUGGGCGGUGGGUGGGGCUGUGUCACAUGGAUGUGCAACACGGGAACAUACUGCAGGAGAGAGGCACGGGGCGGAUUGUACUCAUUGACUACGAGUACAGUGGCUAUGCACACGUGGCGUGUGACAUUGCCAACCACUUCUGUGAAAUGGCAGCUGACUAUGACCGCCCGCACCCACACCUCCUCGACUACACCAAGUACCCUUGUAAGCUGUCCCCAUAA